GGGCUGUCGGGGACGAUCCCUCCGCAGCUGGGUGACAUCUUGCAGCUGGUGGAUCUGUGGCUGGGCUACAACUCCAUCUCGGGCACCAUCCCUCCGGAGACGGGCAAGCUCUCGCAGCUGGAGUAUCUUGACCUGUACAGCAACUCCGUCUCGGGCACCAUCCCUCCGGAGACGGGCAAGCUCUCGCAGCUGAAGAAUCUUAGACUGGGCCGCAACUCCAUCUCGGGCACCAUCCCUUCGGAGACGGGCAAGCUCUCGCAGCUGGAGUAUCUUGACCUGUACAGCAACUCCGUCUCGGGCACCAUCCCUCCAGAUACGGGCAAGCUCUCGCAGCUGGCGCAGCUUUACCUGCACCGCAACUCCAUCUCGGGCACCAUCCCUUCGGAGACGGGCAAGCUCUCGCAGCUGAAGAAUCUUUACCUGAACGACAAUGACAUCUCCGGAACCGUGCCGUCGCAGCUCAACGACCUG